AUGGAGGCGGUGUUAAUGUCGUAUUGGUGGCUUCGUAACAAAGAAAUGAAACGUUUCUAUUGGAUUCGUCCACUUUUAAAAGAUAAACGGCAUAGUGGCUACGCGGUUGCAAAGGAAUUAACCGCCGGUGAGGAUAAAUUCCGUUGUUUCUACAGAAUGUCUCGAGACGCUUUUCAUCGUUUAGCGCAGUUAGUCGGACCACACAUUAACAAAGAAAAAUACUAA